AUGCAGCCUACAUUACAAGACCGCCUCUUGCGGCGGGAGCUUGGCAAUAGGUCGAAUUACUCAGCUAUCAGUGGGAUGUAUGGAGACAGAAGCUGGAUAAAUGAUUUAGACAUUGUCAACGAACUCGGUGGACAUUCAGGAUGUGUCAAUGCAUUAAGCUGGUCGACAUCUGGAAGGCUCCUGGCUUCCGGCAGUGAUGACCAGCAUCUCAAUAUCCACACAUACCAACCGGACUCAUCAGUAGCACCGUUUGCCCUUACUACGACAGUCGCCACGGGCCAUACUGCCAACAUAUUCUCCGUCAAAUUCAUGCCACACUCUAACGACCGCACCCUCAUUACGGCAGCUGGAGACGCCGAAGUCCGGGUCUUUGAUAUCGAGUACAGUGGGAGGUCUGUCGAACCGUCUAUGGGGCCCAAUAUGGCAACUGCUGGACGUGGGCAAAGGUUCCAAAAUAUGUACAGGGGUGUGAAAUAUCUGAGUGAUGGAAAUACGAACGCAAGGAUUUAUAGAUCACAUGCUGAUCGAGUGAAGAGGAUUGUGACGGAGUCAUCUCCCAAUCUCUUCUUGACUUGCUCAGAAGAUGGGGAGGUACGCCAAUUCGAUCUACGAUUACCCUCCUCUUCGUAUCCGCCUCCGAGAGGUGGUCGAGGCUUCCUAGCUCAUAGAGCAGACCAUGACAAUACGAACGUUCCUCCACCCCUGAUAUCCUACAAAAGGUUCAAUCUCGACCUCAAUACCAUUUCUUGCUCAGCAAGCCAGCCUCACUACAUCGCACUAGGCGGCGCACAUCUCCAUUGCUUCCUACAUGACCGCAGAAUGCUCGGGAGGAACAAAGAGGAAGAGCAUGGGAUUCCUGGUAGAGCUUCUCCGGCCAACAGCAUGUCUUCGCAAGAAAACGAGAUGAUGGGACAGGCCACGCGUUGUGUUCGCAAAUUUGCACCUGAGGGGCGAAGGAAGAUGAGAAGAACGGAUAACGGCCAUAUCACGGCCUGCAAAAUUAGUGAUGCUAAUCCCAAUGAAAUGAUUGCUAGUUGGUCAGGAGACCAUAUCUACAGCUUUGAUUUGGUUCGGUCUCCAGAUGUGAGAGAAGGGGAAACAAAUAGUGUCAAUGCUUCGAUGAGUGGAAAGGGAAAAGGCAAGGUUAGGGAAUCUGAGGAUCGAAAGCGCAAGCGGAAGAAGCAAGGAUCGACAACUUCACUCGAAGCGGGCAUGACCAGCUCAAAGUCGAGGCGUGCAAAAGAGCACUCGGAUGAAGACGGUGACCUAGCACUGCGCGUACGAUACGAAAAUGGGCAAAGUGAAGACAUCGUCGUGGGCGAUGCUGUCCCAAGUCUUCCUCUCUACAUGGUUGAAAAGGCAAGGGAAUCCGUUCUGAGCGAGUCUCAAAAGAGGAGUUUCAAAAUUGCCAAAAGCCUUGUUAAGAUACGCAAAUUAAUGUUUUCUCUUGGAGCAUCUCGUGAUGCCUCACCAUCUUCUGAGCCCUCUCAUCACAUCCCGUCUUUCACGGCCGCCCUCGGGCUUGCUGCUACUUGCUUACCGGAGAUGGAUGAGAUCUCACGGUCUUGGAGGUAUCCGGUCAAUCCUCUCCACGAGGACGUAAUGUUGCAGCAAACGCUCCGAGCGAAUCGAGAUUCGUCUCGUCGCAUUGUACAAGCCGCAGGGACUUUGGCGCGAAUGCUUGGUGGCAAAAUCCAGACCGCUAGUCCGAUACCAAGUCCUGCUCUCGAUUUGUUCCAAGAGAUUGGUGCUGCGCCACAUGAAGGACCAAAUCCGUCCGAGAGAGAGAUCUUCAAUUAUGAUUUCCUUAGAGCGAUCAUGCUCUGGCUUGAGGGAGGCCCUGACGCUCUAUUGCAAGGCUUCAAAAGACCACAGAACCAGCGAAGGCAUAACCCGCGAUACCCAAUACCAGACGGCGCCGAGCUUUCUGGUGUUGAUGAAUGGCUCAUCCCCUAUCUACUCGGUCUGGCUACAGGAAAGGCAAUCCCGAAUCUUGAUGCAUCAAGAUUUGAAAGAGAUGAAACACGGAAGAUAUUUGAGACUGAUACCGCUGCAGUUAUUGCUUUCGCCAAUGCUGUUAAGAUGCCCCUAGAAGAUCUAUCGAGCGCGAUUGUGCCCGUGCCUGGAAGCGCGGAUAACGGGCCAAGGCCUUAUAUUCAAGUCAAGAAGACGGCCACGAAGUACUGGGCUUUUAAGGUUGGAAGGGGCCUUCUGAUGAAUGCUGGAGAGGGUGUCAAUUUUCAAUUCGCCGACACUGCUUUCGGUGGGCUGGGUACUGCCCAAAUCGAGGAAGACAAGGCGCAAGAGGAUAUAGAUCCUGAUGAAGAGGAAGAUGUUGCUGAAGGAGUUAGCCUGAUCAGACGAUCUGGAGAAGCUUCGACGAUUCGCGGCACCGCAACAAGUCCCGACGGAAUGAUGGAGAGCCCCGUCGCCGGCGACGGUAUGGCCGUGGAUGCUUCGCAUUCAUCCUCCGUGCGAGCCUCUGGAUCCGAUAUCGACAUAGAAGAUGCUGGCUCAGACGCUGAUGUGAUACUGAUUGAUGAUCUGCAUAAUGAGAUUGCGGAGCACAUGGCUGAUGAGGACGCCAACGAAGAUGACGAAGACCACGGCGAUAAUGACGGCGGCGAUAGCGAUGCGGACGAUGAUGACGACGACGAUGGAGACAUUACGGCGGAAGAGCGACAAUUCAUGUUUCAGUCCGCUUCAGAUAGGGGCAAAUUGCGAGAAAAGGUCGAGAAUGGUGUGCCAUGCUCGACCCAUAGCCGCCAGUAUCGUGGGCAUUGCAACGUCAAGACCGUUAAGGACGCCAAUUUCUUUGGUUUACAAGAUGAAUAUGUUGUGAGCGGCAGUGAUGGUGGUCACUUAUUCAUCUGGGAUAAGAAGACGUCUGCGCUGGUCAAUAUUCUUGAAGGAGACAAUGAGGUCGUGAACGUUGUGCAAGGCCACCCAUACGAGCCUGUUCUAGCUGUUUCCGGCAUCGAUCACACCAUUAAAAUCUUCUCGCCGGACCACCGUGCCCAAGAAGACGCUCAAGCAGGCAUCAACAUCAGCUCAGCCACCAAUGGCUCGUCCGGUUUUUCUUCUAUAACCGGCCGACGGAGAGCUGGCCGCGGCUCCAACAACGAGGACGAACCUCGAGAACAAGGAUUAUCGAGCCGAAAGAGGAUGCAUCAAAGCUAUCAGAUCGUCAGCCAGAAUGAUAUGCAAAGAAAAGGCGGGAUGAGAGAUACUUUCAUCACGAGAAAUAUGCUGGCGCAAUUGGCUGCGAGAUUGCGGGCUAGACAGGGCGGUGCUGGAGAUCUAGGUGGGGGUGAGGGAGUGGUAUUGGGAGAGGACGGGGAAGCAAUUUUGAUGGAUGAUAAUUGCACGAUAAUGUGA